AUGCAUAUAUAUUCCGCCACCGUCACAACGCCUGCUUUGCAUCUAGGACGGAUCGAGAGCUCUCAACCGGCGACCGUGGCCAAGGCCGCAGAGGCAGGAGCGAUGCCUCCCCUCCGUGCCCUCCCCGAGGAGAUCGUGAUAUGGGAGAUCCUCGUCCGCCUGCCUCCCAAAGCCCUCCUCCGCUGCCGCACCGUCUGUCGCGCCUGGCGCAGCAUCACCUCCACCCGCGACUUCCUCCUCGCCCACCAUGCCCGCCAGCCCGCCCUCCUCCUCCUCGACGACUGCACCAACUAUGAAAAAGGCAUCUCCGACUCGCUAAACAUCAUCUGCUUCGACCAUCGGGCAGGGGUGGCCACCCCCGACCAGCUCCAGCCCGUCGCCCGACUUACUGCCCCCUACUAUCAUCUGGUUGCCUCCUGCGAUGGCCUCCUCAUCCUCUGCGUCGAGGACAGCGGCUUCUUCAUCUGCAAUCCGGCAACUCGCCAGUAUGCUCGCCUCCCGCUCCCUUUGGGUCAUGCGUGGUGGCUCCUGGGAAUGUACCCUCACCCUUCUACCGACGAGUACAGACUAUUGCUCUACUCAUACAGGCGUAUCACAGAAGAUGAGCGUCAAGAUGCGUGCCACGUCCUGGCAUUGGGCUCCGGCCAUCCACCGAGGCAUAUCGGGUUGCCAGAUGCGGUUACGCUGGGAUUAGACGACCCUCAUGUGCUAUUCCGUGGUAGCCUGCAUUGGUGCACAUCUGAUUAUGACGGAGAAUGCAAAACGAUUGGGGUGUUCGACACCAGAUCUGAAUUGUUCCGGGAGAUGCGUACUCCCGUUGUUGCUUCCUGCGUUGACCUGUUUGAAAUGGACGGCAUGUUUGGCGUGGCCAUCCUUGAUUGUGAGAAAAUCAUUGAUAUAUGGGUGUUGCAAGACUAUGAAAGGGAGAUAUGGGCCUUAAAUCGCCGGAUUGAAUUGCCCUUUGUGGAGAUCAGGGUGCAGUGCGAUAAGUAUGACACAUACAUUCGGUCGCCGUUUUAUGUGUCUGUCAUGCCAGGGGAUGGUGAGUUGCUUGUGUUGGUCAAAUUUGCCGAUUGGCUACUUCUGGUUGGCACGGAUGGCAAGUUGGUCGCCACUUUACAUCGCAAAGGACUAGAUAGUACCUAUUUUCAGCUUAAACAAUCUCUUGUUUCGCAUACCUUCUUUCAUACACAAGAGAAUUAUGUUGUGAAUGCUCCACCUUUUAUCUGA